GGGAGAAAUCGAGAGAAGGUAACCGCGUACGCGUACGGCGUACCUGUGCCGUUCGAUAUUAACCUCCCUUUCGCGCGUCGCGAUUCGCAGUACGAAAUCUUGACCCCGCGAUGGCUGUGUGAUAUAUAUAUAUAUAUAUAUAUAUAUAUACACGUAUACGUGUGCGCGAGGUGUUUUCACACGAGUACUCCUGCCCACUCGAUCGUCGGCCCGCGCCAGCCCGGAGCCAGCGGUGAAAGGGGUUGCGGACGGACGGUGGGAGCGAGAGACGUCGAAGGUGUCGGAAAGAUGUCGCGCGGCACGUGGCACCGGUGGUCGGUGCUCUUGCUGCUCCUGCUCGCCACGAGAUUCCUCGCGGUGCACGGCCAGUGCGGCUCGUACGCCCAGGACCGGCAGGAGAAGCAGGACAAGCAGGACAAGCUGGCGCUUUACAAAGUCACCCUGAGGACCUACUGGUCGAGGGCGCGAUUCCCACGACACUAUCCGGAGUGGAAGCCUCCGGCGCAGUUCGGCAAGCUGAUCGGUCGAACGCACGACUCAACUUACACUCUGUAUAGAUUAGGCGAGAGACUGUCUACGGGCGCCAGGUUAUACGUGGAAACCGGAAGAGCCGACGGAUUGGACGCGGACGGGGACUCGCCCAACAGCCUUCACUCGUUCACGGGUCCCCCGAUUCCUCAAGGCGAAGGCACGAGCGUGACUCGGGCCUUUUUGGACGGCAAUCAUACUCUAAUUAGCAUUAUGGCGCGCAUCAAUCCCAGCCCCGAUUGGUUCGUAGGCGUGGAUUCCUUCCAGUUGUGCGUCGAGGGCAAUUGGGUCGAUACCGUUACCGUAGAGCUCGACCCGCUGGAUGGGGGCACGGAUAACGGCUUCACAUUCACGGCUGCCAACUGGCCGACGCAGCCCCAAGGAAUCGCUUACAGGAUCACAUCCCGAUAUCCGGCACAUCCCGCGGGAAGCUUCUAUUAUCCGAAUCUACCUCGUCUACCGCCGAUAGCUACCCUCACAUUCACCAAGUUGCGCGAGUACACCCUGACCGAAUCGUAUCAUGAAGACGAAGUCGAGGUCGAAUUCGUCAGCAAUGACAAUCUGCAAGCGAACAGCGAAGCUCCCAGAGGAAUCGAUCCGAACAGGGACCUGAACGAGGCCAUAGCCGAGGAACGAAGGGAAAUGGACACUCAGAGAUACAGAUACUGGAGCACGACCGGGAGCGGCCAGCAGCAAGCCGUGACGGACGUACCGCGGGACAACAAGGCGGCGAUCAUCAACAGCAUCGCCACGUCAUACGCUUUGCAGAGACCGAGGUACACCGCGACCGCGGUACCGCGAACAUCGAAGGUUGCCGUCGACGGUAAAGCGAGAUACAGCGAGACGGGCAAGUCCGACUGGCCGUAUUACCAGACGUACAGGCAAACGGCGGAGACGCAGAAGGCGCAGAUCUUCGAGGACAUCCAGAGGAAGAUUGCCAACGCGUCGAACGUGUCGAGUACGGGCUACUCAUUCGUCAACAACGUGACCUACUCGGCGGAUCAGCGCCAGCACAGAUUCAGGAUGAAGCACCACGGAUUGACAUCCAAAGGCAAACGAGUUAGAACACGUGCACCGAGAGAUUGCAAGGUCGGCGAAUGGGGCCCGUGGAGCGCGUGCAGUCGCAGCUGCGGGGUGGGCGAGACCCAGAGGACGCGGAAGGUCACGAUAAAGCCGCGCCGGGGUGGCGCACCGUGUCCGCCGCUGAAGGAGACCAAGUGGUGCGGUAGCGUCAAUCCGUGCUCGGAGAGUAAGCCGAUCAUCGACUAUCAUUGGUAGUCAUUGUCCGCGUCGGUCCCCUUCCACGAACACGUGUACCAAAGUGACUCGCUCACGGACGAAAGGUCGUGCGAGCCGAAGACGGGCAAGACGAGCGAGGAGGGACUUAUGCGAGAGACGCACGCUGGAACGCGAAUUAAGAUAUGAAGCUGGAGAAGAGUAUCUUUUUUAUAUCUCUCUCAGUAGAGUCACCGCGACGACACGACUAGGGGGUGCAUUUACGGGACACGCCGUACUUUAGGAAGAGUAGCGAUCCGCGUGGCUUGACAAUAUGCGUUACGCGAAAAUUCACAAACAAUAUCCGAUAUUUUAGGGUAAAAGAAUUGGUAGCUGUUGCAGCGAUUGCACGGGCGCCGGGCGGAUAAUACCGUGUGCAUUUACGCAGACGACUAUAAUGAUCAUGCGCGACGUAAUUUCGCGUAAUCCCGUUGCUAUUAAAUCCUGUUUGAUAUAACGAGUGGCCGUGACGAGGCAGGGCGUAGAGUCACAUAAUCGAACGGUAUAAUAUAUUUCAUUACAAUUAGUAUUCGCAGCCAUUGCAUAUUUUCGCGGCAAACAAGCGGCGGGUAGGAGGGAAGCGAUGUCGCAUACGGCGGCUUUAUUUUACUCGCUUGCAUUUAUUGUCGUUUGAUGUCACGUCCGUCGUGCGAUACGUGCGUGCACAUAUAGGCGUGUAUCACUCGGACCACGAAUAUUGAAAACACAAAGAUUGCCAAAGAGAAAUUCGAAUAGCUGACUCGCGUCGUAUCGCGUUUCCGCGUGUAUCACUAAAAUGCGUUUGAGGCUCGAUUUUCACUCCGAGCGCACGUUUCGAUCGUUGUUUUUUUCCGUUUUCGAAAUAAUUGAACAAUCGGCAUUGUUUGUCGAAUUUGUUAUGGCGAAGUUACGGCGAAAAUCACCGGUGGAAUAGCGAAAAGUAACACGUGUCCAUUUAGAAUAUCCGUUUCGCAAAUACAGGUUGAAUUGUAGAGUUCUGCCUCGCGAUAACUUAAUCUCACGACAGAUGACAAAAUUAUCUAGACAUAUCGGUACAUCUGCGAGAGUGCCAAUGAAACAUCGUAGAUUUCCUUAAUUUGCGCAUUACUUUAACGUAUACGUUAUAAUGUGUCGCUAUUGAAAAUUAAGGUAAGUCGCCAACUUUGCUCGGCGUUAAAAGCGGACUUAACGAUUGUCGGGACGGGGUAGCAACAUGCCUUGUCUUUGCACGCGAUCGAAAAAAGAAAUGAGCCCUGGGCAUAAUUGGAAAAUUGGCCCCGACUCUCCGGAAGAAAAACGUUAGGUGCAAUUAAGCUGACAGUUUAAUCGCCGGUACAAAUGACGGACCGCGGUACGAGUGCGGUGAUCGGCGAGCUGCACGCUCAGGUGCGAGAAUUUCCCGGUGAAAUUUAACCAUCGCGUGUAACAGCGGAGUCUCGCCGAGAUUAACCCGGCGUUUCCGAAACGUACUACGUUACUUAAAACGAAGUUUUUAUCGGCUCGCUAUUUUCUAACGUGGAGCGAAAACAGUACGAGAUUUGGAAUCGGGCUCUCUUAAAUAAGAUUGAAGGUAAUAAAACCAAGUUAAAUAUCUAAACCAGAUCUUUGUGGAAAAAAAAAAGAAUUUUUAUAAUAAUUCUGUUAGCUGACUAUCAUAUUUUGAAGCUCUGCCCCUUUAGCUUGUCUCUCUCUAUAACUUCACUGCCAAAACAUAUCCUUUUCGAGAAAUCUUAAACACCACAAUUUCGAGACGUCGUGCAAUGAUAAAAAAAAAAUAUCUCGCGCGAAAGAAGAGUAAGAUCGCUGUCCACGUAGGACGUAUCGGGCAAACGUCAGGGCGAAGUUCAGCACGAGAUGCGCGCUCGCAUAAAAUUCCAACAAUGUUUUCUCGUGGGUAUGUUUUUCGCAAGGCGUCUCCUCGCUCGACGGCAGUAUCGACGAAGGAUAUCGUAUAAAGGAGAAACCUGCAGACCAGGCUUCGCAAACGUUUUUUUUUUCUCCAUCGUCAUCGAGAGUGCUGCAUCUCUCUCACUCUCUCGUCCGUCUCUCGUGGCGUGGUAGGGAAAUUUUUACAAAGAUAUCACAUCAGGUACGUCUUAGGUGAGUGUAUUAUAUCUUAGGCAUAAAUUUAACAAUAAUAAUUAAUAACUAACGUCUAAUCGUUAAUUAUUAGGCUCGUAUUAAUCGCGCUCGCGACGCGGAGCUCGGCGUUGCUGCCCGGCAUGUCGCGGAGAACGCGAAACUUUUAAGUUAGAAGAACGAACGUGAGGCAAUCCCGCUUUUGGCCGGACGGAUCUAAGGGUGCAACGCUGAAUUCCGUAUGCGACGUAUGUUGACGCACGGCUUGUCCUUCAUAUCUAGCGUCCGUGGUUGCUGUCCUCGCCGGACGUUUAGCGUUAAACGCGAUUGAACAAUCGUGAAAUUUGAUACGAUCGAUUGAUACAAGCUAAAUGUUUGAAAUAGUCCUAAUCAGUCAUAAUGUGAAAAGCAGCGAACGAGGGACACUCAAUCCGCAUCGUGAAUCGCACGGUUGCGUUUAGCGCUAAACGCGCGACGAGGACGGAAGACCUACAUAGGUAAAAUAUUUAUUAUAACUCUGUAUUAUACCAACUUUUUAUUUCAAUUGAAGUAUUAAUUUCGACGGAAAAGCGAACUGUGUCUGCUAUGUGUACUGCUGUAAUUAAAUAACGUGUAAAUUUUUAAAAUCAAUUUCAGGCGUGACGUAAUAACAGUAAUGAUUUCCCUGCUGCGUUUUGGCUCCCGCGAAACGCGCAAUAAACGUGCCGCGUGAUAAAGAAUGGUACGAGCGGAAAAAUGUACAAACUCGCGUACUGCCGCAUAUAACAUCUACGUUUGUUCAUGUCCCGCUGUAAACUGAUAUGAUGGGCCAAUCUUCGCGAUGGUAACGGGAUGAACACGGGGAGAGCUCGAUUGCAUGUAAAAAUUUCGAAACCUGCAAAUUGCCGUGUGAUAUCGUAACGUGAUAGCUUCCACGAUUAUCUUACGUCUGACCUUUCCUUUUUGAAAUAAUUCAUACUUUAAACGAUGUUAAAUGAAGGUACGAGAAAUCCGCACAUCUUGGACAAUACUCAUAAUAAAGUAAGACGAUAUAUCGUUUUUAUACAGAUACAGUUUCUGCCCGUGCUAGGAUCAUUUUUAAAUUUCCAAGCUAUUAAAGCUGCUUUUCACGCGAAACCUAAUCUCUAAAUGAAAAAGAUAGAGAGAGCCCUCGUACGAUGGAAAUAAUAGCCGCCGGACGGAAAUGGGCACAAAAACCGAGAUGGCCGCGCCGCGGUCGAAAUUUCCCUCGAAAGAAAGAAUCGACCUCGUCACAGGGAGGUCCUUGGAAGUCGUUAAAAUUACAACAGCCUCCGGCACGCGUUUUACACGCGAGAGAUGUACCGCUCUUCAGUCUAACUUUCGAGCGCGAAUGCAAGAAGCACGCGACGGGGGUAACCUUAAUUACGACGGUACUUAUGGUGUUCUCGUAUUACGUUAAAACCCGAUCGUUCGCGAUAAUUAGCGGCUGAUCUUCGCCAGGGAGAAUCCCUCGAAAGCCCGUCGUUGGCGGCGGGAGCGCGCGGUUGAGAUAAAAUAUCAAGCCAGGCUAAUCCCCGAGACCGGAAAUCUAGUCGGCGUAUUGUAAAAUCUGUCAUGGAACAAUACCGCACGGCGAUAAGAGAGCCGCUUUUCAUUUCUCGGUGUAUAUAUAUACACACACACACAUACACGCCCACACACACCCACACACACACACACGCACACACACACACACACAAAUAUAUAUGUAUAGGAAGGAGGACUGAGCCGUUGCCGUCUCGCAGUUAGAUGCAUUAAGGAUAAACGUUUUGUAAACUAAACGGGAACGCUUUCGUGACACGAGAGCUUCUGUGACGCGGGAAGAGGAGAGCAGUGGAUACACUCGAAAUAACGAUGCAAAUAAAUUCGUGGAUAAAAAUGUUUGAGUUCGAUGCGCCUGGCUCUCGCUUUCUCGAUGCAACUGAAUCAGAAAGUUCGCUUCCGCCAGAGUCUAUAAUAAUUCGUAACCUUUUCCCCGUCCUAGUUUGACAAUACUCGAUCACAAUCCCCGAUCAAAACUUUUCUCUUCUCCUGCACAAUCUGAGUUAUCGCGAGCACUUGUGUGCGCACGCGUGUGCUUUCAAUCGCAUAUCUAAUUGCACCGAUUAUGGUUUCUUUUACGUACAAUGCAGUUUACAUUCGGUUCUCCGCAGAAAGAACGACAAUCACGCGAGAUUAUUACUGUACAUCCUUUGGCAGACUUAUUUCCCAUAAAACACUUGUUCGGUACAAUAUACACAAAUGCAUUUUCAUCCUCUCCCCUUUCCCGCGUCACCAGCGUUACGUGACGAUGACAAAUCAAUGACAGAUCAAUGGAGGAGUAAGUGGAGUGCCACGACGAUGAUUCUGUACAAGUCACUGUGCAUUCUAGCCGUAAGGAUAGCCGAUAGGACUAGCGAUUAAGCCAAAGCAUAUGUAGCGAUGUAUAACACAUAAGUUUAUAUUACAUAAUAAAAUGUGUCGAGAAAAUAAGCGGGCUCCCUUCUCGAUCUUCGAAUACAUAAUAUUUUUCACUUGCGAUGUAUGAAUGGUAUUCGUAUAUAAUAAAGUAGUAAUUAUUUCAGGAA